AUGUCACACCCACAUUCAGCAUUACAGAUUUACCAGUUUCUCUCCACAUUGCAUCAAUCUUGUCCCAACAAAGAGACAUUUGACGCCAUUCUUCUCUCACUUCAAACACCUCGAUUCACACCCGUAACUACCAUCACCGAGCGAUGGACACCUACCUUUCAAACCUACAUGCCGCAAUUACUGGCCGAUUUCCAACAACUCAUGGCUGGUGCAGCACGCUCACUAGAAUACGACGCCCUUGUCAUCAAAGUAUCAGAACACUACCCACUCAUUUACAGAGUAUCCUGCUUUUUGGAAAACGAUUUGGAACUGGAGCUGUUUGUCAGAUGUCUUUGUUUGGAUAGUGCAACGCCUGUGAAUAAAGAGGAAGUCAAGCAGACGUUGAUGCAGUUCUUUCGAGAAUUACCCCAGGAUGCGCGAGAGUAUGUUGAGGAGAUUGUGAUGGAGGACCGUCAUGGGUACUUGAGUCGAGAGGAUUGUAUGGCUGUUGACAACAUGCAGCCAGCAGAUGGAUUUUUGGAUCUGGAUAAGGUGUAUCAAAUUGUCAAUGACCCAGCUAUCUUUGAUGAACUCAUGGCAAUUAUACAAACAAAUACAGCAAGGGGUGUUAUUUGGUCACAGACAAUUCAAGAGAUUUACGAGCUGGUGGCGACAAGGGGUAUUUGGGAACAAUUAGCGCCCUUGUUACAGCAAGUGCAAGUCAAAGCAGAUACAAACCAAUAUGACUCGUAUGAGGAUUAUGUGCAAAAGAACUUUUUGGAUAAUGGCGGACAACAGUAUUUGGAUGAUGAGAUCAAUCGUGCCCAAGUGGAGCAUAUGUUGGGCAAUUUGACAAUGUAA